GGUCAGCACAGCUAGCGUCGAUAAGCAGCGAAAGUACUGGAACAAUCCGCUACUUCCUAUAAAUACCCUACACGUCCCUUCCCUCUCUCGUCGCACCACAUUUACGUGUGAAAAUUUAUCGGUAUCCAAACAGAGUCCUUGACUCUCCCAAAAAUCACAUCCCUGAAUUCUUUCCUUGAAUUCCGAUCUGAUAUAGAACCACGCAGCAAGUAAGAUGUCGAUGAUCCCAAGCUUCUUCGGCAACGGAAAAAGCAGCAUUUUCGAUCCCUUCCCUCUCGACCCCUUCAGAAACUUUCCAUUCUCCGAAUUUUCCCGGGAAAAUUCUGCAAUAGCGAACGCUUGCGUGGACUGGAAGGAAACUCCCGAAGCUCACUUGUUCAAGGCCGAUCUACCGGGGCUGGAGAAGGAGGAAGUGAAGGUGGAGAUCGAGGACGACAGAGUUCUGCUGAUUAGCGGAGAGAGAAAGGUGGAGAAGGAGGAGAAGAACGAUACGUGGCACCGUGUGGAGCGCAGUAGCGGGAAGUUCAUGAGGAGGUUCAGGCUGCCGGAAAACGCGAAGAUGGAUCAAGUGAAGGCUUCCAUGGAGAACGGAGUUCUGACUGUAACGAUUCCAAAGGAGGAAGUCAAGAAACCUGAAAUCAAGUCUAUUGAUAUUUCUGGUUAGAAUUUAUAUCACUGUGAAUAUGAAUGUUUUGUGGUUCACUGUUUGUCUAAACCAUGCUUUAUGAUGUAAUUGGUAUGCUUACCUACGUUCUAAUAAUUACAAUUUUUGAGUUUUAUUGUUGAAUGACGUUGUUUGUUUGUGCAGUUACGUUUA